AUGGUUUUGGUCACCAUUACGAUGGGCCCCUCCGGAAGACAGAUGUUUUCUGGAGAUAUGGAUCAGCAGUCUCGGGUGCAAGACCUGAAGCAGUUGGUGCUACCUAACGUGGCAACGGAAAAGAUGACCCUGCUGCAUGGGGGCAACAUGAUGGAAGAUUCCUCCGUACUUGGAAGCUAUUUGACUGAACCGCACGCAAUGGCACUUGAGUUGACUCUUACUCUCCGCCGAGUUUCCAUCUACGCUGAUCUUGAUGGUGCCUGGUUUGGGGACCAGCGGUAUAUCCCUGCUGUGCACGAAGCUGGCCGGACUGUGCAUCUCUUGGAUGGUGUUUGUUGGUUCGAGCUUUGUGGCACUUUCAGGGGGAUGGAGGGCGGCAACUGGAGCAUCUUUCUCAGGGUGAAGCGGAAGCAUCGCAUCUAUUUCGACACGGAUGUGAUCGUCUCCCUCAAUGGCUCAGAAACCAAGACCUUUGUCCCUGGGGUGUUGUCUUCUUUGCCUGAAGAGCAGUGGACUUUGCUUGAUUUGGGUGCCUUCCAAGGUUCGGGCUCUCUGAAAGUGGAACUGAAGGGUGCAGACUGCAGCAACCACGGCCAGCACUCCAAGAGCGGCCUGUACAUAGACCAGCUGCUUGCGGAGCCAUGUUAG